UCUCUCUCUCUCUCUCUCUCCCCCCCAUCUCCUCCUCUCCCUCUUCUGGUGACUCAGAACCGUGGGUUUAAAGAGUCCGAGAAACAAACCGACCCGAGAGCAGCAGCAGGAGAGGAGGAGUAGAAACCAGAGGCACCGAGAACCCCCUUCUCUCCACACCGAUUAUUUGUCAACCGAGCGCCGAGGGGGAGAAGCGGAGAAACAACAGUUUUUUUAAAAAAAAGAGGGACGACUUUUUUAAAAAAAAACAGGCAAGCAAAUAUGACGACUAUCAACACUCAAAAUAUUAACUUCAAAUGGGACCCCAAAAAUCUGGAGAUAAGGACUUUGGCAGUGGAGCGUCUGUUAGAACCACUGGUUACACAGGUGACAACUUUGGUUAACACCAGCAACAGAGGACCGUCUAACAAGAAGAAAGGGCGCUCUAAGAAAGCCCAUGUUUUGGCUGCAUCUGUAGAACAGGCAACACAGAAUUUCCUGGAAAAGGGUGAGAAGAUUGCUCAAGAGAGUCAGUACCUGAAAGAGGAAUUGAUAGCAGCUGUGGAAGAUGUGCGUAAGCAAGGUGAAUCAAUGAGAAGUGCUUCAUCAGAGUUUGCAGAUGAUCCUUGUUCUUCUAUGAAGCGUGGGAACAUGGUGCGGGCUGCCCGAGCUUUGCUGUCGGCUGUCACUCGUCUCCUUAUCUUGGCUGAUAUGGCGGAUGUUUACAAGCUCCUUGUACAGCUGAAAGUAGUGGAGGAAACCCUUGUUAAAGUGAGAAAUGCCAACAAUGAGCAAGAGCUUGGAAUACACUACAAAGCACUCAAACCAGAAGUGGACAAGCUGAAUCUUAUGGCAGCCAAAAGACAGCAGGAAUUGAAGGACAUCCAUCACAGGGAUCAGAUGGCUGCAGCACGAGGGGUCUUGCAGAAGAAUAUCCCUAUGCUCUACACUGCUUCGCAGGCUUGCCUCCAACACCCAGAUGUGGCUGCUUAUAAAGCUAAUCGGGAUCUGAUCUACAAGCAGCUGACGCAGGCAGUUACAGGAAUUUCAAAUGCAGCUCAAGCCACUGCAUCCGAAGAUGCCCACCUGGGACAGCAAAGUAGUGCUGGUGAACUCGCUGAUGCUUUGAACAGAUUUGAUAAACAAAUAAUUGUGGAUCCCCUGAGCUUCAGUGAGGAACGCUUCAGACCAUCUCUGGAAGAGCGACUUGAGAGCAUCAUUAGUGGGGCAGCACUAAUGGCAGACUCCUCUUGCACACGUGACGACAGACGUGAACGCAUCGUGGCUGAGUGUAAUGCAGUGAGACAGGCAUUGCAGGACUUGCUUUCUGAAUACAUGGGCAAUGCUGGUCGAAAAGAAAGAGGUGAUGCACUCAAUGCAGCAAUUGAUAAAAUGACUAAAAAGACAAGGGACCUACGCAGACAGUUGAGGAAAGCUGUGAUGGACCAUGUUUCAGACUCUUUCUUGGAGACCAAUGUUCCUCUUCUAGUUUUGAUCGAAGCAGCAAAAAAUGGUAAUGAAAAGGAAGUGAAGGAAUAUGCCCAGGUAUUCCGUGAUCAUGCAAGCAAAUUGGUUGAGGUGGCCAAUCUCGCUUGCUCAAUUUCUAAUAAUGAAGAAGGUGUGAAACUGGUUCGCAUGGCAGCCAGUCAACUUGAAAGCCUUUGCCCACAGGUUAUAAAUGCUGCCUUGGCCUUGGCUGCUAAACCUCAGAGUAAAGUGGCACAGGACAAUAUGGAUCUCUUUAAAGAACUGUGGGAGAAACAAGUGCGUGUGCUGACUGAUGCUGUAGAUGACAUUACAUCCAUUGAUGACUUCCUGUGUGUUUCAGAGAAUCACAUCCUAGAAGACGUAAAUAAAUGCGUCAUUGCGCUCCAGGAAAAAGACGUUGAUGGAUUGGACCGUACGGCUGGUGCAAUUCGAGGGCGUGCAGCACGAGUUGUUCAUGUUGUCACUUCAGAAAUGGAUAAUUAUGAACCUGGAGUUUACACUGAAAAGGUUCUAGAAGCAACCAAGUUGUUGUCUGAAACAGUUAUGCCACGAUUUUCUGAACAAGUGGAAGCUGCUGUGGAAGCACUCAGUGCCAAUCCUGCUCAGCAAGUUGACGAAAAUGAGUUCAUUGAUGCAUCCCGCCUUGUCUAUGAUGGCAUCCGUGAUAUUAGAAAAGCCGUGUUGAUGAUCAGAACUCCUGAAGAAUUGGAUGACUCAGACUUUGAGACCGAAGACUUUGACGUGCAAAGUAGAACUAGUGUCCAGACACAGGAGGAUCAGCUUAUCAAUGGGCAGAGUGCACGGGCCAUUAUGGCUCAGCUUCCCCAGGAACAGAAGGCAAAGAUUGCUGAGCAGGUAGCAAGCUUUGAAGAGGAGAAGAUCAAACUGGAUGCUGAAGUGUCUAAAUGGGAUGACAGUGGAAAUGAUAUCAUUGUCCUGGCCAAGCAGAUGUGUAUGAUCAUGAUGGAAAUGACAGAUUUCACCAGAGGAAAAGGCCCACUCAAGAAUACAUCUGACGUAAUCAGUGCAGCCAAGAAGAUUGCUGAAGCGGGUUCAAGGAUGGAUAAACUUGGACGUACAAUUGCUGAUCACUGCCCAGACUCCAGCUGUAAGCAAGACUUGCUGGCCUAUCUGCAGCGUAUUGCUUUGUACUGUCAUCAGCUGAACAUCUGCAGUAAAGUCAAAGCUGAAGUCCAGAACUUGGGUGGAGAGCUCAUUGUCUCUGGGGUGGACAGUGCAAUGUCCCUGAUCCAAGCCGCAAAGAACUUGAUGAAUGCUGUGGUGCAAACCGUAAAGGCUUCUUACGUGGCGUCCACUAAAUAUCAAAGGUCUCAAGGCAUGGCAGCACUGAACAUGCCUGCUGUGUCAUGGAAGAUGAGGGCACCAGAAAAGAAACCCUUAGUAAAGAGAGAAAAGAAUGACGAGACUCACAAAGUCAAAAGAGCAUCUCAGAAAAAGCAUGUCUCACCAGUACAGGCUCUCAGCGAGUUCAAGGCUAUGGAUAGCAUUUAAAACGAACGGCAUUUAUACAUCUUAAUACUACUGGUAAAAUAUAUCCGAGUGGCUUAUUCAAGAACUUUUUUCUAUAUCUUGCUCAAUAUUUUUAAUGAAAUUUUUGCUUUUAUUUGCUCUAUAAAUGGCGGUAAUGGGGACUUGCAGAUUUGUCUUUCACGAAAGAUUAAGUAACUUUAAUCUCCAUUCCUAGUCAGUGGUGGGAAGAUGGAAUGCAACACAGAUUAGUUUGAAUUAAAAAUGUUCAGCAUUGUGAUGAUAGGCUGGUAGUAUUAGAUCUAUAAUGUAACAAGCAAGAAUUGCAGUAGUAUUGUGGAGGAAUGUGCAGAUCCCUCCAAGUGUUCACCUCUAGAUCCUGAAGUUCUUUCAACUUAAAAUAAAAUGAAACUGCCAACUAUUCCGCAAUUGAAGAAACUGUGCAAUAAACUAAAUUUAAAUAAUUUUUUCAAUGAAAUUACGCAUUGUUUGAUAGUGAAAGGCUUUGAACUGUUUGUCACUGACUUUGUGAAGAGGCAUUGGUCUUGUAGUUUGAUUAUCUUAAGAAAAUACUUAUUUUGGUUUGAAUCUAUUUUUCAAUUUUCCCAAUCCAGAAACCUUUUUUCCCUUUCUGUUCUUGCUCUCUCUAAACCAAAAAAUCUCAUCUGUUUACACAUUUCUUGCAGUUAACAUGCUUCCUGGUUGCAGCUUAAAGAAAUAUUCAAACUCUUCUUGUACUAUGCAAUCAUGCUAUGCGUAAAAGUAAAAUGCCAUAGGUAUGAUAAUCAUUGAAAGACAAUCCUAAACUAGUCUCUGUAGAGAGCUCCUGUAUCGCACUGAGGGCUCUGUUUUUUUAAGAUCAUUAUCCUGAUUCAAAUACUUGUUGAAGCAUAAAUUUAUCUCUGUACUGGCUAUAACUCUUGAAUAAAGUUGCUGUUUUCACA